CUCUCGGCCCCUCACAUUCUCACUCAAUUUGGUACGUCCAGAUCAAGAUCAAGCAAACAGAGCAGAGGUCUACCACGCUUCUACCUCUUUGCAAAGCAGUGUUUUAGCGUGUUGCUCCGUACCAGACAGUAGCCAGAGUCAGAGCUAGAUACCUCCCUCGUCUAAGAAAUUACGUCCAGCACAUCAUCAAUCCUCCACUCGCCACAACCGUCCAUCAAUCAUCAACUCAAGACGUCUAUAAAUCUGGUAUUUCUCUGCUACUUCUACUCGAACACACGCCUCAUCUUCACCCCAUGACUUCUGCAGCAAACAUACUAGGAGGCUUUGGUAAGACCAACGGCGAUCCACCCUCGUUGUCGUCUGCAUCCUCUGCCAGCUACGGUUUGAACUCCAAUUUCAACAAAAUGAAGAUCCACUCCACCGUCCACAGGAAAAGCGGUUGGGUCAAUGUCAAGGAUGAAGGUAUAAUCUCUUUUAGGUGGCCAAAAAAAUAUUUAGUCUUGGGAGAAACCAGCUUGGAUUUCUUCAAGAGUGAUGACAAAGCCGAAUUAUGGUAUAGAAUACCCCUGUUGCACGUGUCCAGCUGCGUAAAGAACCAGAUGAAAGAAAACUGUUUUGAGAUUCAACAUAAGGGUAAGUCGACUUUUGUUUGUGCCAAAUCAGAUCAGGAAAUGAACAUGUGGAUUGAUUCUGUCCUAGCCAAAUGUCCGAAGGAAGGAUUUUCAAAGCCGUUGAAGGUCACACACGAAGCCAAAGUCAGCUAUGACGCCUCAAAUGGGACAUUCAAGGUGAAAGGUAUACCUCCUGAAUGGCUAGCACUAUUGAAAGGUUCCAACAUCACAUAUGAGGAUUUUGCAGCCGAUCCUUCUGCAGUUAUAGACGUGCUUAACACAUACAGUGAGAUGGUAAGUCCCGAACUGAGCCAUUCUGACAAGUUUACUAAAUCAGCAAUGUCGAGCAUCCAGAAAACCCUUGCCGGAAACGCAAAUCCUUCAAAUCCUUCUCCCUUAUCGAACGAAAAAAGCGCUCCCUCAAAUAACCUAUUGAAUGAAAUCACAAAACCAUACUCGCAAAAGGAUUCGUUAUCCGAUAGAUUUCUCCAACCAAGGAGGGCACCACCUGUUCCAAACAGUGAUAAUGAGACAAACAGCAAAAAUAGUAGUGCCGCAAAUACAAGCAGUGGCAGUAAUGACAGUCACAAAUAUAUCCCCGCUAGGAGAGCGCCCCAAGUUCCAGGCCAAUCUUCAAACACCCAACAGCAGAUCAAACAAUUCACCAAUAAUAGUUCCACAAAACCAUCCACAAAACCUCCAUCUCAAAGCCCUCCGAUUGCAGGCGCAUCAUCUUCGAUUUCAUCGAUAGGCUCUGGGAAAGUCAAGGUGAGCACUUCAAACUUACCUUCCAACCAGACGAGCGGACCAAACUCUGCAUCUUCAACUUCUUUGCAUAACGUUGUUAACACAUCACAAACAGACAUUGGAUUACCUGUACGCCAAGCACCUACCACCCACCAAAACCAACAUCAUCCUUCUAAAUCAAAUGGCACAAUCGAUCACACUUUAAUUCCAAGAAGAGCAGCUCCUGCCAAGCCUCAAUACAUCGGCCAACACCCUCAACAGCAACAGCAACAGCAACAGCAACAGCAACAGCAACAGCAACAGCAGCAACAGCAGCAACAGCAACAGCAACCACAACAAACUCAAAAUAAUGGUUUGAUCAACAACCAACAUAUACCAUUACAACAGAAGACGAAGCAAUUCCAUUCAAAUGCAUACCCAAAGUUCCCUAACCAACAUCAACACCAACAACAACACCAGCAUUUGCCUCAAUCCCAGCCAUACAUGCAACAUCAACCAUCUCAGCCAAACAUGCAACGCAUACCACAUCCUCAGCAACCAUAUCAUAAGCAACAAAUCCCCCCUCAACCCACGAAUCCAUAUCAAACUCCGAUGACAUAUCAACAAAAACUUCCACAACAGUUCAAACCUACUAAUACCAACAACAAUAACAUGAUGGCCCAAUCAAGUGCACAUGCUAAACUUAUGGGUGUAGGUGCCACUGAGAUGAAACCACCACGCCGUCCAGCAGAUAAACGUAUUUCCACAAUGACCGAAGCGCAAAUCAUGGCCAAGCUGAGAAGUGUUGUUAUCAAUGCCAAUCCAACCCCAUACUUUCAAAUUAUAUCCAAGGCAGGUCAAGGUGCAAGUGGAUCUGUUUAUCUUGCGCGUUCGAUGAGAUUGAAUGGCCAAUGCAUUGCAAUUAAGCAAAUAGACUUGACAAAGCAAAGUAGGAAAGAGUUGAUUGUCAAUGAGAUCUUGGUCAUGAAAGAUUCUCAACAUCCGAAUAUUGUCAAUUUUAUUGAAGCAUACUUGAACGGACCAUCUGAUUUGUGGGUCAUCAUGGAGUAUAUGGAGGGUGGAUCGUUGACUGAUGUUAUUGACAACAAUCCUAAGAUCACGGAAGAGCAAAUUUCGUGUAUCUGUCACGAAACAACAAAGGGUCUACAGCACUUGCAUAAGAAGAACUUUAUUCACCGUGAUAUCAAGUCCGAUAAUGUGUUGCUUGAUGCAUCUGGGAAUGUUAAGAUCACAGAUUUUGGUUUCUGUGCUAAAUUGACCACAGAGAAGUCCAAGAGGGCGACGAUGGUUGGCACGCCAUAUUGGAUGGCGCCGGAAGUUGUUAGACAAAAGGAAUACGACGAAAAGGUAGAUGUCUGGUCGUUGGGUAUCAUGACGAUUGAGAUGAUCGAGGGUGAGCCUCCAUACUUAAAUGAAGAGCCGUUGAAGGCGUUGUACUUGAUUGCGUCGAAUGGUACACCUACGCUGAAGCACCCGGAGUUGUUGAGCAACGAGAUCAUGGACUUUUUGACAGUCUGCUUGUGCGUGGAGGUGAAGUUCCGGGCCACGACGGACGAGCUGCUACACCACAAGUUUUUCAAGAAAGCCUGUGCGACGUCGCAGUUGGCGAACUUGUUGACGUUCAGCAGAAAGGAAUGAUCUUAGCGGCCGAUCCAGCCUUUCGACCGUACUCGAUAUAUAUUUAUUUCUGUUUGACAUUUUAUAGAGAAUUAACAAACCAGUCUACUAGCUACUUUCUCGGCA